AUGUCUCAAACUGUCUUUAUCUCAGGUGCCAGCGGUUAUAUCGCUCAGCACAUUACUGCUAAAUUACUUGCUAAAGGUUACAAGGUCAUCGGAUCAGUUAGAUCUGCCAAGAAGGGUGACGAAUUGAAGAGUCUCUUUAAGAAUGAGAACUUAUCCUACGUUGUUGUUCCUGACAUUCAAGCAGACGGUGCUUUCGACGAAGCCUUGAAGCAACACCCCGAAAUCAGUGUCUUCUUGCACACUGCUUCUCCAUUUGUCUUUCAAGUCGAGGAUGUUGAAAAGGAACUUUUGCUUCCUGCAGUUACUGGAACCAAGGUUGCUUUGACUUCAGUCUUGAACCACGGCCCUCAAAUUAAGAGAGUUGUAGUCACCUCGUCUUAUGCUGCUAUGUUCGCCAACGAAGAUAUUCCUGACGUCGUCUCUGACGAGACCACGUGGACGGAAUUGACCUGGGAGCAAGCCAAACAAAACGGUUUGGUUGGUUAUCUUGCUUCUAAGGCUUUUGCUGAAAAGGCUGCCUGGGAUUUUGUCGAAAAGGAAAAACCAAACUUCAAGUUGUCCACUGUCAACCCAACUUAUGUGUUUGGCCCUCAAUUAUUCGAUGAAUAUGCUACUGGCCCUGUCAGCACUUCAGUGGAACUCAUCAAGGCUGUUUUGAAGUUGCAACCAACUGAUGAAGUCCCAUCCGUACAAGGACCUUUCAUUGACGUCAGAGAUGUCGCCGAUGCUCAUCUCGUUGCUUUUGAAUCAGAUGCAGCUAUUGGCCAAAGAAUUUUGCUUCAAGAUGGAAGAUUCUCCAAUUCCAAGGUGGUUGAAAUCAUCAAGGCUAACUUCCCUGAGUUCAAGGACAAAAUUCCAGCUCCUAAGACAACUCACGAGGAGGAAAUCAAGAGUCACUGCAAGCUCGAUUCUUCGAAGUCUGACAAGAUCCUUGGAAUCAAGUUUAUCAGCAUUGAGCAAUCGAUCAAGGACACUGUCGCUCAAUUUAUUAAGGUCAAGGCCGUCUAA